CCCCGGCCAGCGCUCGGAUCCCCUCUAUCGGUGCGGGGUUGAGGCUGGGGACUGCCAGCCAUAUGGGCUGCUCCCAGGCACCGGGCCCCGCCUCCCCAGUUCGCUCUCCUUCCUCCAGCUGGACUUCCUAGAGAUGGAUGGGGAUGACCCCCGAGCCCGGGUACCUGGCGCACACAGAACAGGACCCACACAACACCAUACGGGCCAGACUUGGUUUGAGACCACCCGGAGAGAGAAGAAAUGAUGCUUGAGUUUACUGUCAGAGGCGGGUCCCUCACAUCCCGCUCACCUGUGGGGCGCACAGGCGGGGCCCGCUGGCGGUCCGCGGGCUGCGUCAUCACCUCGCGCCGCGAGCUCGGCUCUCCACGUGGACUGCGUGGCAUGAUGGCGGGAGCCGAAGCCCCCCAGCCGCAGAAGCGCUACUACCGGCAGCGCGCCCACUCCAACCCCAUGGCAGACCACACACUGCGCUACCCUGUGAAGCCAGAGGAAAUGGACUGGUCUGAGCUUUACCCAGAGUUCUUUGCUCCGCUUAUUCAAAAUAAGAGCCAUGAUGAUCCAAAGGAUGAGAAAGAAAAGCACUCUGGGGCCCAAGUGGAGUUUGCAGACAUAGGCUGUGGCUAUGGUGGCUUGUUAGUGGCACUGUCACCGCUCUUCCCAGAUACCCUGAUUCUGGGUCUGGAGAUUCGGGUGAAGGUGUCGGACUAUGUGCAGGACAGGAUUCGGGCCCUCCGUGCAGCUCCCGGGGGCGGAUUCCAGAACAUCGCCUGUCUCCGAAGUAACGCCAUGAAACACCUUCCUAAUUUCUUCCGCAAGGGCCAGCUGGCAAAGAUGUUCUUCCUCUUCCCGGACCCACACUUUAAGCGAACGAAGCAUAAAUGGAGAAUCAUCAGCCCUACGCUUCUGGCAGAGUAUGCCUACGUGCUGAGAGUCGGGGGCCUGGUGUACACCGUCACCGACGUGCCGGAGCUGCAUGAGUGGAUGUGCACCCACUUUGAAGAACACCCACUGUUUGAGCGUGUGCCUCUUGAAGAGCUAAGUGAAGACCCCAUUGUGGAACAUCUAGGCAGUUCAACUGAGGAAGGAAAGAAAGUUCUACGCAAUGGGGGAAAGAAUUUCCCAGCCGUCUUCCGAAGAAUACAGGAUCCCCUCCUCCAGGCAGUGACCCCCAACCCCACCCUGCCUUAGCCAGACCCCCUAGAAGGUGACUGGAAAAAAGAUAAAAAAAAAGAAAGAAAGAAAGAAAGAAAGCCAGGCGUGGUGGCGCACGCCUUUAAUCCCAGCACUCGGGAGGCAGAGGCAGAGGCAGAGGCAGUCGGAUUUCUGAGUUUGAGGCCAGCCAGGGCUACACAGAGAAACCCUGUCUCGAAAAACCAAAAAAAAAAAAAAAAAAGGUCAGCUCCCCAGGCCUUCCCAGACUGGUGGGACUGUGGGGCCGUGACCUCUCCAAGAAGUUGGUUGGGGAGCAGUCUGUGGUGUUCUUUACCCAUCGCUCUUACUGCCUUUUUGUUCCUCCACUGUCUGAAGAAAUCAGAUGAAGCUGGCUGAGAAGGUCAAAGGACUGUGGGCCAGAGGGGAUAUUUGGAGGGCUGUGGAUAUUCUGUUCUCAUUGAGCACCCCCCCCCCCCCCGGAGCUUCUCUAGCUCGGGUGAAGCAUGUGAUGCCCACUGUUUAGUUGUGUGUGUGGAGAAACAUGUGAUGUACCACUGUCUAGGCUGUGUGUGGCUCAGGUUGCCUUCACUUGUGUUUACUUUGCAGUCCUGGGGAUGAUCAGGGUGUGUGCCCACGUACCCAUGUGUGUGUGUGCCCACGUACCCAUGUGUAUACCCAUGUGCCAAUGUCACUAUUUCCCAAGAAGGGCUGGGGUAUGUAUGAAAUACCUCCUCCCAACUUCUCCCUGCUUACAGUCUGACCCAGGCAGUCUCUGCUGCCUCUAUUGCUGCUAUCUCUGUGGAAGUCUCUGAAGAGCAAGAGGGUAGAGAGCCUUCCUUGUCUCUACCAUGUUGAACUUGAUUCCAGAAUUUCAGACCUGACUGGCAUAGUUGUGUCUCAUGAGGAGAGGGAGGGAAGGCGGAGGAACAGGGAGAUAAGCUGGAAAAAAAUUUAAAGAAUUAUUUUUAUGUUA